ACUACUCAACAGAAAGAGAGACAGCUGGCUAUUACUGCCAUUCUCUUAUUUCUUACAUUCAUCUCUCAUCUUCCUUCACUUUCCAUCUUUCAUUCAAAUUCAAUUCUCCUUCUCACAAGCCAGAAGAGCAAAACCAACAACAAGAACCAACUUCUUUUUCAAUCCACCUUUUUCAUUAUUUCAUCUCUUCUUUUUCUUCUUCAGACAAGCAUUUGCUUUUGGGUGGAAUUGAGCACUGGCAGCUUAGCUUGUAUGUCUGGCAUUAACAUUGAUGAGUAAAAAUUAUUUGUGAGAUUUGAGAUCUUUGAGUUGCGAAGAUGGUGUGGCCAAUUGCCUUUGAGCUUCUUAGCGAGGUCAACUUGUAAGGUGAUGAGGUGGAGUUGCAGUGAGCUACAUGUAGGAACAAGAUGAUUGAGCAAUUCAUCAAUUUCGUUAUUCGGCCUCCCAGGGCGGAGUAUAAUCCUGACCAGUACCUGUGGGAAAAAGAAUUCACCCUUGCAAGUCGAACAUACCAAAGGCAGGAUUUGGAGCUCAAGAAUGCCAGAGGCUAUACCUUGAAGUGUAGCCACUAUCUCCCAUCUCCUUUCCCAGAAGAUACUUCUCUUCCUUGUGUUAUAUAUUGCCAUGGAAACAGUGGAUGUAGGGCAGAUGCCAAUGAAGCUGCUGUAAUUCUUCUUCCUUCAAAUAUUACUGUUUUUACCCUUGACUUCUCGGGUUCAGGCUUAUCAGAUGGAGAAUAUGUCAGUCUAGGCUGGCACGAAAAAGAUGAUCUCAAGAUGGUGGUGUCAUAUUUGAGAAGCAACAAACAAAUAUCUCGUAUAGGUCUUUGGGGACGAUCAAUGGGUGCAGUUACUAGUCUUCUUUAUGGAGCUGAAGAUCCUUCUAUUGCUGGAAUGGUGUUGGAUAGUGCCUUUUCAAAUUUAUAUAAUCUUAUGAUGGAGCUUGUGGAUGUUUAUAAAAUUCGGCUUCCUAAAUUCACUGUUAAAAUGGCUGUGCAGUACAUGCGGCGGGUUAUUGAGAAGAAGGCAAAGUUUGAUAUCAUGAACUUGAAUUGUUUGCUGGUUGCACCAAAGACAUUCAUUCCUGUUUUAUUUGGACAUGCAAGUGAUGACAAAUUCAUUCAGCCCCACCAUUCUGAUCUCAUCUCUGAAUCCUAUGCGGGUGAUAAAAAUGUCAUAAAAUUUGAUGGUGAUCACAACUCCUCUCGGCCACAAUUAUUUUAUGAUUCAGUUUCCAUUUUCUUCUACAAUGUCCUUCGUCCUCCUAAUGUUCCCAGAGGUCACAGUAAGCUUGAGAAAUAUUAUGAUUUGGGGAAUUUGAAACUAGGUUCUGGAGUGGAGGAGAGCUUACUGUAUGAGAUUCUCUCUAGUCUGAGGUCGGCAUCAACCAAUGCUGCAAGUUCAUCUUCUGUGCUUCCAGCAAUUUCCACCACAAAAUCAGUUACGGAACUUCUUUCGGACGUCGCACCAGUGACUGAUGUAGAAUCCUUUUUUAGAGAAGAUAUUGUUGGCAAUGGCGAAAGUGGCCGUGAUGAACCCACGGAUAUGCAGGAUAAGCUCAAUGGCGAGGGUGAAGAUUGCUGUUCAUAUACUAGCUCAAAUAGAGAAAGUUGGGGCAGAUGUUCUUCUCUAGGAGGCAGUGAUGAAGAAUCUUGUGCAGAUUUAAGGGCUGAUGAUACCCUCUCUCAGAAUAAUGUGAAGGUGUUUGCAACACCUAUGCGUGGCACUAAAGAGAAAUCGUUGUACCCAAAAGAUGACAAGAAGCACAAGAAGAACAAGAAUAAGAAAAAGAAAGAUGAAAGCGAUGUAAAGAAGCCGAAGAGCGAGAGGUUUGAGAAGCUGGAAGCUCUAAGCAGACGCCUGCGGCAUUGCUUAAUAAAGGGAUCAAACCAUCGAAGGCACAAGUCCUCUUAGACUCACCUCUCUCACCCUUUUCUCUUUUGUAUUAUAUUAUCACCCAUCCAUCUUCUAAUUCUAAUGUUCUUUUAACAUUAAAUAUUAGAAUACUAUUUGUAGGUAGUUCUAAUGUUCUUUUAACUUUAGGAAUUGCCUAACAUUUGUUUCUCUUCGGCUUUGAUUUCCCCACUGUGAUUAUUACUUGAUAUAAACAUUAUUACUUUUUGUAA